UCCGAAUGCCUAAAAAGUUUAAAGGCGAAAACUCAAAAGCUGCAGAGGCUCGUCAAAGAGCUGAAGAUAAAAAGACAAUUGAAAAGGCAAAAAUAGACAAAGAAAAAGAAGAUAUACUAUGGUUAGAUGAUGAUAAGCUUGCCAAUAAAAAAAUACAACGCAAAGAAAAUUUAGAAAAAAAGAAAAUUGAAACGUUACAAAAGAAAUUAGAAAACAAAAAAGCAUAUGAAGAAGAAAUAAUAUUGUUAAAAGGCAAAUCUACUAGUGAAAAAUCCAUUAAUGCAUCCUCAAAAGUCACACAAAAUCAACUCCUUAAACAAAAAAAUGAAGAACUAUGCAUUUUUGCUGAAAAUUCUCUCAGCAGGAAUAAAUUAAAUCUUGUUCAACCUUUUACCUUGGAAGAAAAUAUUAAUAAACUUAAUCCAAUUAAUGAAGGUGCUAGAAAUAUUGAACAAGCUUUAGAAGUUUUGAGUACUUUAGAUAUCGAGCUCGAUAAGCACCCAGAAAGAAGAAUGAAAGCCGCUUACAAUGCCUUCGAGGAACAAAAUCUGCCCCGACUUAAGGAAGAGAAUUCUAAUAUGAGGUUAUCGCAACUCAAGCAAAUGCUUAAAAAGGAAUGGAUGAAGUCUCCCCAAAACCCCAUGAAUCAAUAUACAAUAAAUAAAAAUAAUAUAGACCUUAAAAAUGCUGAGGCGUAUAGUUUUCAAGAAGAAAUUACAUCGAAUUAAUAUGUCAAUCAAAUACCAAUGUUAGGCGUGAAGUGACAGUUUUAUUAUUGAUAAGAAUAGAACUCUUUUUUUCUAAAUUAUGAUUUAUAAUAUUUAAUAUAAUUUAGGAAUUUACCCGUGAUAAUAAAUAGUAUAACUAUAA